CUAGAGUCCACUCCAGCUUUCUGUCACACGCCUCCAGAGGAGAACCGUCGCCAUCAGGUCAGUCCUCCCUUCCGAAACCUCCUGCUUCGGCGCCUCCUCCUUCUCUCCUCCUCCUCGUCUUCUUCCUCUCCUCCAAUGUCUUCUUCUUCUUCUUCUUCUUCUUCUUCUUCUUCUUCUUCUUCUUCUCUGCCAUGUCAUUCCCUCCUCCUCCAGCUCCUCCAUUCUUCCUUCAUUUGUUUUUCCCCUACUAGCUGCGGCAUCUUUAUCUUUACCUCCGGCAUCUCUCAUUCCUUCUCGUCCACCUCUUCCUCCAUCGUUCCUCCCAUCGUUUUCUUUUUCUUUUCUCUUUGUCUCCUCGCCACUACGUUCUCUCUCUCCUCCGCCUACCCCGUGUUCCCUCUUCCUCCACCUCCUUUGUCUCCCUCCUCGUCCAUCUUUCCUUCCGCCAUCUUCCCUCCACCUCCUCCUCACUCCAUCGUCUGUUUUCUUUCUUUUUUUUUCUUCGGUUUCGGGCGAUGGAUCACUUCUUGAAGAAGGGGAAGCCAUGCCCAUACCGCAGUGGCGAGAUAUUGCAUGAGCUCACUUCGCAAAAGGCGAAUAUAGUUGGGGAGGCCUCCACAAAGAUGCCGUUUCAGUACAGGAUGCAGAAAGGAAUCGUGGAGGACACUGGAUUGGAGCCUGCUGGAGGAGACAAAGAUGACAUUGCUGAGUUGGAGGAAGCAUGUUCGUCCGCCGCCAGCGCCAGGGAGAGAUACGAGUGUAGUGCAGGAGGCACGUCCCCUUCAACUUCUUGCGUGUCGAUGAGACACGGGCAUUGCACAACCUGUACAUGGAGCUCGGAGCCACAAAGGCAGUUCUCGACAUGGCAUCUUCAGAGACCAUCCAAACAAUGUUGGACCUGGUCUGCGGGCAAGUGCAGAAAGCGGUGCAGCCAAUCAUUCAUAAAUGGGACACCACUGGAAGCACGCUGAUCACCGAAGGGACAACGGACAGGAAGUGGAGGCCCGUGAUCAACUUCAUUGCCGCAGGGGAAGGUGGGGCUGUUCUUCUCAGGGUAGUGGACGUGCAGCACAGGAAAGCGACUGCCACAGCAAUUGCAAAACUGUGGGAAGAGGUCAUCAGAGAAAUUGGGGUGCACAGGGUCAACGCGAUCUGCACCGACAACGCCGGAGUUAACAAGCGGGCCGCCCGGAUUCUAGCGAGGCGGAGUGAUCCAGACAUUGCCAAAAUUUCAUGGCUGCCUUGCGCUGCGCACACUCUCAGUCUGCCGAUGAAAGGAAUUGCAAAUCUGCAGUCGGUGGCAAACCAUGUGAAGAGGGCGAAAAUGAUGGUGAGGUUCAUCAAGAACCACCAUCGUACAGUUGCUCUUUAUGCGAGGUGCUCGCUAGAGGAGACAAAGACACUCAUCAUGCCAACUGAGGUCCGUUUCGCAUCGACGUACCAGAUGUUGGAGAGGCUGCAGAUAGACGGUGGGUCCUUGAUGAAAAGAUGGACAAAGGGUGGAGGGAAAUCCAUUGGAGCACAAGGAAGUUAAGAAACAAGGCUCACAAGAUCUAUCUGACCAUGAGGUCAAAUGAGUGGUGGGAAGAAGUGGACCGGAUUGUAAAGGUUAUGAGGCCGGUGAACGAGCUCCUAAGAAGGAUGGAUAGUGAUGGUUUGGCGCCCUCACAGCUGUGGGGGUUUGAUGAGAUGCUUCAGGGCUGCUUCAGGAGCAUUGGUGGCCUUACGGUGGAGCAGCAGGAGGACAUAAUGAGAGUCGUUGUUGAAUCGAUGCAGGAUGAUGCGCCAACCGGCGCAUGGAGCCAACUUCCUCCUCUCCCCGCUCCGGAGAGACCCUAGAUGGGUGUUGGACAGG